UGCGCUACAAAUGCUCCAAAGCAUUCUUUUUCUCCUUUCUUUCAAUGAAGAAAGAAGGAGAAGAAGAACGUUCCGAAGCAUUUGUAGCGUCAAAUGGACCGCGGCCUUUAUGUCUGGUUAUGUCCAUGCAUGUCCAUGCUAAAACCACGUGUGGUUGCGCCGAAAUGUCAAGAAUAAGUUCCAAAUAUAUGGAAAUGUUAAGAAUAGGUCCAGUCAUGGUCCAGUUAUAAAUGCAUUGUCAUGCUGUAUAGAGUGUAUAGUACUGUGUAAUCAACAUGUCUGCUGAUGGUUAAUGAGGAAUAAGUUAACUAACUUUCUUAAAAGUUGUGAAGUUUUAUUAAUUCAUCGAUGGAGGCAAUGGCUCUAAAAGGAAUCAAGGUCUUAGAGUUAGCUGGGCUAGCUCCAGGACCUGUAUGUGGAAUGAUUUUAGCUGAUUUUGGAGCAUCCGUUAUCAGAGUGGAUAAGAUUGGAGCUCAAGCAUUAGAUUGUAUAGGCCAUGGGAAGAGAUCGAUAGCAUUAAAUUUGAAAUCCGAAAAGGGUAUUAAUAUUUUUAAAAAAUUAAGUAACCAAAGCGAUGUUGUUAUUGAUACGUACAGAAGAGGAGUUAUGGAAAAGUUGAAGAUUGGACCAAAGGAACUUAUGGCAACAAAUAAGAAAUUGAUAUAUGCUAGAUUGACUGGAUAUGGGCAAAGUGGCUCUUACGCAGAUAUGGCUGGUCAUGAUAUCAACUAUUUGGGUUUAUCUGGAUUACUAUCUUUAUUUGGUCGAUUUAAUGAAAAACCUACACCACCCGUCAAUCUGGCUGCUGAUUUCGGUGGCGGUAGUUUAAUGUGCGCUCUUGGGAUAAUCUUGGCGUUGUAUGAACGAACUAACAGCAAUGUCGGACAGGUGAUAGAUCUAUCAAUGGUAGAGGGAACGGCAUACUUAGGGUCCUGGUUAUUCAGAUCCCAGAAAAUGGGUAUAUGGGGAAAUGCGCGUGGCAAAAAUUUUUUGGACACAGGAUCGCACUGGUAUGAUACAUACGAGACGAAGGAUAAGCUUUAUAUGUGUGUUGGAGCGCUCGAACCACAGUUCUACGAAAUUUUCUUAGAGAAGCUUGGUCUCUCAAGCGACGAGGUACCGCAGUAUGAAAAUUUCGAAGAAAAUCGUCGCAGAAUCACGGAAAUUUUCAAGACGAAGACUCAAGCGGAAUGGCGCGCUAUAUUUGACGGCACUGAUGCAUGCGUGACACCGAUGCUAGAUUUGAAAAACGUCACAUCACAUAUUCACAAUAAGCAGAGGCAGACGUUUACGACUGUGGGGGACGAUGUAAUUCCAAAUCCCGCUCCUCGCUUAUCUCGCACACCCGGCAUUUCUGUAGGAGCUCGCAGAAACCCACAACCCGGUGACGACACCGUACAAAUCUUAACUGAAUUAAAAUUUCAGUCUAGUGAAAUUGACGAUUUAUUGUCAAACGGGAUUGUUUACCAAACGCAGCAUACUUCUAAACUUUAAACCCGUCAGAUUUGAGUCAGAAUGUUGUAUACCUUGUCAAGAAUUACUUAAAUUUUUGUUUCUAGACAAUUUAUACAUGUUAUUUUUUCGCUUUUAUAUAUUUUUAUAUACAUCUACAUUUAUAAACAUAUAUAAAGGAUACCGCUGCACGAUUCUCAUAAUAUACGGGCAAACACAAGUGCAAGCUCCUGUAGACAAACGUACGAACAGUUCUUGUGAAGGAGACUUUUAAAUGAUUAUAAUUCAGCAACUAAUCAUAGAAUGUUGCUUAAAUUUGAGACACAAGAACCACAAUGUAUCACAAAUUCAAGUAAAUUGACCGAAAACGUUUUCCUCGUAAAAAUCGUGUCUUUAGUGAACAAUCGAUUAAAGCAAGAGAGAAAAUUUAUGUCAAAAAGAAUCAUAAAAAAUUAUAUCUUUAAAAUUUUACAAAUAUUA